UUUAAGUUACCUAUGUUAGUUGUAAAAUUGCAUUGAUCACCUUUAAAUUCUUGAAGAAAUCGAGAUAAGGAAAUAAUUUUUGCAAGUGCAUUUACUUUUACUGCCGUAUAAACUACAAUACCAAUAUUGAUUACUUUUGGCCAUUGUAAAUAAACAAAAUGGCGGUCUUUACAUUGUGCUGCCACCAGCGGUCUCACUCUCACUGUUUAUCUUAAUCGCGACUGUACCUAAGUAACGUGAUGUUAGAUGUUGGUUGGAUCAAUUUGGAUAAUAGUUAUAUGAUCUAAGACACUUUUUUCUAAAGUCUCUUAGAGAAGUUCAUAGACCAAGUGGUUUGAGUGAGAAAAUAACAGUGUAACUCUUAUUCAACAAAUUCUGUUACUUAGAUAGGAUUUAGGUAUGGACGGAUAUGAUGUUGUGCCACUCAUUAAAAUCGAACCAAAACAAGAAGAAGAAAUCCAUUCCUUUCUUCAAGGACACGUUUCAGUAAGCAACGAAGUUUUGGUAACAGUAAAGGACGAAAUUACCAUUAGUACACAGUGUGCUAAAUCUCUUUGUAAUGAAGAAGUACACCAACACUCAGACUCUCAAGGUCAUCUUUUUGCCGAAUGCAAAACAGCUAGUUGUGAUUAUGAGACAAAUACUAAAUACGAAACUAAAAAUCUUGAUAAACAGCGCCUUUUAAAGCAUAAAGUUUCUAAUGAUUUUAAAUGUAGGAAUUGUGAUUAUCACACAAAUGUUAAACGCUACUUCACACAACAUCUUUUAAAAUAUAAAGUUUCUAAGGAUUUUAAAUGUGGCGAUUGUGGUUAUGAGACAAAUUUAAAAGGCACCCUCAAACGGCAUCUUUUAAUACAUAAAGUUUCUAAAGAUUUUAAAUGUGUUGAUUGUGAUUUCUGGACCAGUGAUAAAUGGACCUUCAAAAGACAUAUUUUAAGACAUAAAGUUUCCAAGGAUUUUAAAUGUGCUGAUUGUGAUUAUGAGACAAAUCUUAAAGACAGUUUUAAAACACAUCUUUUAAAACAUAAAGAGUGUAAGGAUCUUAAAUGUGCCGAUUGUGAUUACGAGACAAAUUUUAAAAGCAGCUUCAGACGACAUCUUUUAAUACAUAAAGUGUCUAAAGAUUUUAAAUGUGCUGGUUGUGAUUUCUGGACCAAUGAUAAAUGGACCUUCAAACGACAUGUUUUAAGACAUAAAGCUUCAAAGGAUUUUAAAUGUGCCGAUUGUGAUUAUGACACAAAUAUUAAACGUAACUACAUACGACAUAUUUUAAAACAUAAAGUUUCCAAAGAUUUCAAAUGUGCUUAUUGUGAUUAUGAUACAAAUGUUAAAGGCAGCCUCAAGCAACAUCUUUUAACACAUAAACUUUCUAAGGAGUUUAAAUGUGCUGAUUGUGAUUAUGAGACGAAUGUUAAAGGCCGCUUCAAGCGACAUCUUUUAAAACAUAAAGUUUUAAACGAUUUCAAAUGUGGUGAUUGUGAUUAUGAGACAAAUAUUAAACGCAACUACAUUUUUAAAACAUAAGGCUUCUAAGGAUUUCAAAUGGGCGGAUUGUGAUUAUAAUCUUAAUAAUAUUAACGGCAGCUUCAAGGAACAUAGAGUUUCUAAGUAUUUCAAAUGUGGUGAUUGUGAUUAUGAAAUAAAUAAUAAAUUCGAUUUUAAAAAACACGUUUUAAAACAUAAAAAAGGGUAAAUUUUAAUGACUACACUCACUAUAUUAGAAAACGAUCGACUUGUUUUUGGCGCCUUUGUUUUUCACUCGGCUCAUCAGGCACACUGGCGCAUUAACUAUUGCAA